GAUGAAGUGGAACCAGCAGCUGGGGAGGAGACCCUGUGGCAGGAGUUUGGCACUGGGCUUGCUGCCCUGGGCUCCGUGCUCCAGGCGCAGCGGCCCGGCUGCCAGGCUGGGAGACACCCCACUCCCAUCCUGCACCCCUCUUGGCCCCCAGGACAAGACCCAGCUGGUUGUGCUGCAUCCCGUUUUCCACCAGAAGGAGGGUGCGUAGCAGGCAUGGAGAAGGUGGGCCAGACAAGCAGCCCUGACCGGUGCUGUUCACACCAGCUUCAGGGGCGCCAAAGACCUCCCAGGCGUGACUUGCUGACCCUGGGCGAAGGAUGAUGCCCUCUUUUGAAAAGACACAAUAAAGGGUGAACAGAGGACAUGCCCCCUCAAGGCCUCAAGGGACCCUGACACUCCAUACAUCUGGUUCCCCACGACGUGCACUGGGAAGGGGCAGAGCUCGGGGGCUGCCUGUGUGGAGGCUGAGUCUCCCUGGCCCCAGGGGCACGCCAGUGGCCCUGAUCACACCGCCUACCCUUCAGAUCCUGCGAACGCCCAAGGUCAAUCCCCCACAGGGCCCUGUGGUGGGCCCACAAGUGUGGCCCCAGGUCCAUCUUGGGGGAGCCCCAAGGGGGUUGGACGCUGUUCCCUGAGGGCCUGGGGGCUGAGCUCUGCAGCAGGAGUGGAGCGUGCUCAGAGCUGGCUGUCUCUAGGGCCUUGGUGAGAGCCAGGAGGGCCACGCAGGGGAAAUCAGGGCACCGAGGACACUGCCCACAGGGAGAUGGGCUGGGUGCCUGGGAGUUCCCAUGUCCCACCGGCUUCCUCGUGGCAAAGCUUCACAGGCCACGCAGAUGCAUGUUUGCACGCUCAUGUGGCUCAGCCUGAGCCUGAUGACGUGUGGGCCAGCCUCCUCUGCAAGACAUGCCACGUGCUCGCUCUCCUCACGUGUGUAGUGUGCACAUAUGUGCGCAUGGCACACACUGCCACCUAGAUGACAGCAGGGAGGCUCAGAGGCAGGCUGGCCAGCUUUCCCAGGCAUGGCGCAUGGGCCAGGCUGUCAGACGAGUGGCUAGCAGGGAAGGUGCUCUGCUGGGCACUCACGAUGCAGCAGGCACUAAAUGCCACACGCAGGCGAUCUUACAUACCCUGGAGGCUGGGGCUGCUGCUCAUCUCCAGACAGGGAGCCACCAGGCAAAUGCCCGGGGCCCCACACCCACAAGACAAGGGCGGCCCAUCCCUGCACCUGACCACCGGCUGGAAAGGUGCCAGGAAGCUUCUGGAGAAAUGGCUGGUGGUCUCCCCCUUGGGCGGGUGGGGCAGGGAGGCCUCUGCCCCGGGGUCCCCAGGCCAGGCCUUCCACAGAGCCGCUCAGUUGGCUGUUUCCCUGGUCCCUCUGCCUGGCGGAGGCCACAACCAGGAGCGUGACCGUCCUGGGACCACCCUUCACCUCUGUGUGUUGAUCCCUCCUGCCGCUUGUGACUGGCCUCAUUCUGAGCCUCCUGCUGCUUGUGCUGUGGCCACAGUGGCCUCCAGGGAGAGGAGGCUCCAUGUUUGCACACGUGGCCUCUGGGUUUGUGGCCAUGACCUCUCACUAGUUCAGAACAGAAACCCUCCCAAAUCAGACGCAUGUUUCGUUUUUCUUUGGGCCUCUGAGCCUCAAGGCUUGGAGGGGUUCUGCCCCUCUUCCAUUGCCUGGGGGUGUCUGCAGGGGCCCUGGGUGGGAAGGAGGGUGCCUAGGGGCCCCGGGGCCUGGUCUGCAGGUGGUGGCUGUGGGUCCUUUCUGCUCACACCCACCCCCUCCCAAGUGGCAGCAGGUGGCUCUGGAAGCUGGAGAGCCUCCGUCCUGGGCACCACCUGCCACCUGGAGACUGAAGAGCCAACGACCCUGAGGAAAUCAUUCGCCCAGAGCAGUGAGAACCGGGAAUCUGGUGCUGGUAACACAAGGCGUCGGAACAACCAGCUGUCCAAAGCUGGAGGGAGCCAGGCCGGCCCCUGAGGGCGCUGGUGGCCUAGGGGCUCUUCCUGUCUCAGCCAGCCAGGGCGGAUGGAAGGGGGUGACACAGCGCUCACACUCAGGGGGGUGGUGAGGUCGACUCCCCUGGGAGCCUUCCCCUGGCCUCCCCCUGCUCAGAGCACCCGGUCUCCAAGGCCCGCAGCCUGUGCGGCACUGAGGCAGGCUGACCUGCUGGCACGCCCUGUCACAGGAAGGCUUGGCCCGUGGUUCUGGGUGCCGGCCUCGGUGGCUGCAGGCCCCACGCCCAGCCUGGCACCCCUUUGGUCCCUGUGGACUCCCCGCCUACUCAGACACCAGUAAGUGGGAGGCCAGCAGUGCCCUUGGGCAGCCCCAGCGAGCCACCAGCUUCACUGUGGCAUGGCCCCCCCGCCCC